AUGGCGGCAGAAAAUGCGCCUCCGAUUGAGCUCCUGAACAUGCCCAAUGAGUUGUUGUACCAGAUCGCCGAGAACAUUGAGAGAGACUGUGACCUCAACUCAUUCCUGCAAACUUGCCGAGAACUCCAUGAACUCCUGAACCCGCAGCUGUACCGUCGUCACGCGAAAUCCAGCAACCACCCCGCCAUCUGGUGGGCUUUGGACAAGGGAAACGUCGAAACUGUAAAGCUCGCGCUCGACUAUGGCAGCAACGUGGACUAUGUUCGCCAGGUCAGCAUGUUCAUCAAGGAAAUUCUCUUUCAGGGAGGGAUCUUCCCCCGGGACAUGGAAUAUGCGCGGAGGAAUCUGGAAAGGCGCGGUCGGACCAUGGAAAUUAUCGGGUUGAUAUUUGAACACUGCGUGCGCGCCGAUGCCUAUGCGAACAAACAUAGACACACCACCAUCGAGAGCGCCGUGAUGGGUAACGACACUGACUCGGCUAAGUUUCUCCUCGAGAACGGUGAACGCAUUCCUGCGGUGGGGAGCGUCUAUGGGAACUUGGCGCAUACCCUGAUCCAGUGGCCGGGAGAACGCGUGAACCUCUCCAUGCUCGACCUGCUCUUCAAACAUGGCCUCCAUGCAAACGUGAAAAACGCCAGCGGAAUGACGGCUCUCCACAUGCUAGUUGAACAGCGCACCAAACAGGGCUUGGAGGACGUAGCGCGGAUGUUGCUUCGUUACGGCACGGACAUCGACGCCAGAGCCAACAACGGAAAGACCGCUUUGGAAGUUUCUGUUGAAGGCGGCUCAGACACCAUCGGUGAACAUCGUCCGUACUAUUACAACGAGGAAGUCGUCAGGUUGCUGUUGGAAAACGGGGCAGACACCUCCAGAAUCGCAUUGCCGGAGUCUGGACCGCUUCGCGACUUGGUCGAUAAAAUUUUCAAGGAAACUGGUCGAACCUUCGAGUUCCGCACUUGA